AGACAGUAUUGUCACUAACAAAUUUUAUAUUCAUAAGUUUCUGGACAAAUAUUAAAGUGUUAUUCAUAAAUGUGCAGCCUCAACAAAUUAUGUCAUAUGAUGUGUAGCAUUAUGUUUUUUCAUCGUGUAGACUAUAAUAUGAAAUAACUAGAAAAAAUCAAAGUUAUUGUCUUCCAUGUGAUUUUUGUUGUAUAUACUGAAUUUUCUCUAAGCUAAAUACCCAUGUAUAUACAGUGCAGCUUUCCGCUAUCUUCGGGUAAAAUCGGAACCAGUAUUGUCGGCCGACGCUGUUUGGCUAGUAGUGUCACGUCACGUAAUAGCAACACAGUCAAGGUUAUGGUUAUGUAGCACAUGCUAGAAGAAGAAUGGGCUCACAUCAGACAACUGUAUAUUGGCCAUUCACCAUCUGACAGGAUGCAUAUCGCCGAUUUUGUGUCUGGAUCCUUUGCAGGGGCUUGUGGAGUUGCAGUGGGCUACCCUCUAGACACUGUGAAGGUCCGGAUCCAAACCCAGAAACAGUUUACUGGAAUAUGGCAGUGUGCUGCAGCAACAUUUUCAAAGGAAGGAGUGCACGGCUUCUUCAAAGGCAUGUCCUUACCCGUUACCACAAUCUCUAUGACUUCCUCAGUGGUGUUUGGUACAUACAGGAACUGCCUGCAGUGUCUGAGCCAGGCACGAGGCGGUGGUUGUGGUCCAAACACCAAACUAGAAGUCUUCCUGUCGGGUAUGGCGGGGGGUAUUGCUCAGAUAUCAGUGAUGUCUCCAGGUGACAUAGUGAAAGUACGACUGCAGUGUCAGACAGAGUCCAAGCGAGGAGGAAUCAACGUGCCCAAACCUAAGUACCAUGGUCCAGUUCACUGUCUGCUGAGCAUUAUCAAAGAGGAGGGCUUCACAGGGCUCUACAGAGGAGCUCUGCCGCUUAUUUUAAGAGACGGGCCAUCAUACGCCACAUACUUUUUGACUUAUACAACUAUCUGUGAGUGGCUAACAGACAGUGGCAAGAAAAGACCAGAUUGGAGUGGUGUGAUGCUGGCUGGUGGAAUAGCAGGAAUGGCAGGCUGGACUGUAGGAACACCCAUGGACGUGAUCAAAGCCCGUCUGCAGAUGGACGGAGCUCGGGAGACGAAGCGAUACAAAGGGUUUUUCCACUGCAUAACUGAGACAGUGCGGGUGGAAGGAGCCAGGGUUUUCUUCAGGAGCUUAGGCAUCAACUGUCUGCGUGCAUUCCCUGUUAACAUGGUAGUGUUUGUUACAUACGAGGUUCUCACCAGUUUCCUCCGAGCCGGACCAGACAGCAUUGACCCGCCUCGGUUAGGGUUCGAAUAGUAUUGACUACCUCCAGCCUUAGUGUCUCAUAUUCUGUUAUGUAGCUUGUCUCUCCGAUUUUAAUGCUUAUAUUUGUUUUUACAAGGACAUACAAUAUAGCAAAGAUAUUUAGCACAAAAAUGUCUGUUGCAUUGCAAUAUUUUUAAGGAAGGAUUGUUUCCACAAAUAUCAUUGAUGCUUUCUGUUACAUAUAAUAUAUAAUAUUAAACUAGUGAGGGGAAUGUAACCUAUCAGCUCAGGGGUAACUUGUUGGUACCAGAGACUGGACCAGCAACCUUCUGACCACUAGAGGGCCUCCCCGGCCAGAUUGUUACCCAUUCUUUUUUUUGACUCUGUUUUGUCUCAAGACAAACUGUCUGCAUGACUGGUGUCGUUUUUCACCAGAAAAGGAGCAAACAAAGAAACCGCAGUACUGCUAGAAUUUUAGCUAUGUUUGACCUUACUCAAGACCAUUCAAGACCUUGAAUGUAGAAUUUAUGAAUGAGCUACAGUACGCACAAUUUAGCAAGCAUGAUACCCGUCCAGGCCCAUGCUGCAUUUUUGCAUUUUAUUAUGUAGUGGACAUAAUAAUAUGCUCAUCUCCAGCUCAGUGCUGAAAUGGUAGAGCUGGAAAAUCUGAUUUAAACAUAAUAUUGUAAUAUUUUAAACCUUGAUGAACUGGAUUUUUUUAAUGAAUAGAAUUACAUUUUAAGAAAUCACAGUCUGCAUAUGGGACUACAAAGGGAGCUGAUGUUGUGACCAACAAUGAAAUCAUCGAAACAAGUUCUCAACAAUAAAGGCACGGAGCAUAUCUAGGCACUUAUUUUUUUACCUUCUUGCUCUCAUCUAUUUCUAGAAUACUAUUGCUUCUUAUGUGUGUAGACAAAGCAAGGGUCUAGGUUUGGUUUUAGACGUCAGGGGACACAAUGAAAUCAGGGUUCUUCAGACAGGGAUAAAUAUGUGAAUGAUAUUUCUUGUAAUUUAUGUGUAUGACUAUGAUCAAAAUCUUUAUUGUGCCUUCCGUAAUAAGGGUAUAGCAAGCAAAUAAUUAAA